CAGGUCUAUGUGGGGGCUUUCUAGCAUUGAGGCGAGGCAGAGCGUCCACGGGGGAAACACUGGGUGGGAGGCGGUGGUGGCGGAAUACGCCAGUAUGUAGACCAGCCCAAUGACGCAAGGGAUUUACUCAACUCGGGGCAGGAUAAUACUUGCAGGGAUCCACGCGCGUAAAAGCGCAGUGAGACGCUUCCAACUUCCACACAUGACGUGAAGGCAUUUUUUUUUGUUUUCCUUUCCACGGCGCAUCGAUGCAUACUUCCACCAUGACAUACGGGCUUUUACUUUUUCUUCCAUUUGUUCUCAGCACACAGGGGCCGCGCGAGACCGUUAUCUCCAAAGUGCCAUUUGCAAAGAGUCAAAAAGUUGUCACCACGUCUGGAAAAGAAUGUGCGAUUCCAUUUCGCCAGGGCGGAAGAAUUCAUCACCACUGCAUCACCGUCCUCGCCUCGAGACCGUGGUGCUCUCUUACUCCUAAUUUCGACCGGGACCGAAAGUGGGGUUUCUGUGCGCCGGAGCGAAGACAACCCAAUGCUUCCGUUCACACGUCGCGAAGGAUCACCGAUCCGUGUCGUUUGAAGCCGUGUCGAAAUGGUGGCAUCUGCACGCUGAUCCCAGAGGGGCUCACGUUUGAGUGCUCCUGUCCUGACGGCUUUUCCGGAAGACUUUGCGAGCGCAAACAGUGCUACGAAACCGUACACCUGCGCCAUUAUGACGACGGAGAUUCCUGGGGCCGCAUUCACCUCCGCAACGUGGAACAGUGCACGUGCGUCGACGGCAAGAUCGAGUGCCGACGAGCCCGCUACAUGCUGUGUCGCUCCAACCCGUGCCAGAAUGACGGAACGUGCCGGAUGAUCAUCGCCACUCGCAAGAAAGUGUGUAACUGCAGACACGGCUAUGGCGGACCGUACUGCAGCUUCAAGCCAGAAAGCGAGUGCUACAACAGUCGGGGUACACGCUACCGAGGCGUGGUGUCCACGACGGCGUCUGGCGCCCGCUGUCUGCCGUGGAACUCGGACCUGCUUUACAACGAGCUCCAUGUGGGCACGGUAGUUGCCGCACCCCAGAGGGGCCUCGGGGAGCAUGCCAACUGCAGGAAUCCUGAUGGCGACAAGAUGCCGUGGUGCUACACUCUGAGCAGGGGCGCCAUCUCAUGGGAGUACUGCGCAGUGCCCUCCUGCAAGAUGCCACUGUCAUCCUCUCGUAGGAUGAACAUGUUCAACACGCUACCCGAAUUGGGUGACUCGCCCCGCUCGGUGCCCGCCAAGAAUCCGGUGUGCGGGACAAAGCACAAGAAGCGGGUGUCCGUGGCCAGGGGAAGGAUCAUGGGAGGAAACUCGGCUCUGCCGGGAAGCCACCCCUGGAUGGUGGCCAUUUACAUCGGACAGUCAGACUUCUGCGCCGGGACCUUGAUUGCCUCUUGCUGGGUCGUCUCGGCGGCCCACUGCUUCUUCCGCAACCCGCUGCUGUCGCAGCUUCGCAUAGUACUCGGCCAGCAGCACUUCAACGUCAGCAGUCCCGACACGCGCACCUUUGGAGUGGACAAGUACAUCUUUCCCAAACAGUUCUCCGUGUUCAACCCGACGCUCCACGACAUUGUUCUCAUCAAACUGAAGAAGAAAGACGGCCACUGUGUGAAGCGGACGCCGUUCAUCAGGCCCAUCUGUCUUCCCGAAACAGGCGUCACCUUCCCAGACAACUACUGCUGCUCCAUCAGUGGCUGGGGACACAUGCAUGAGAAAGCAGAUGGUUACUCCAGCCUGCAGGAAGCGGGAGUGAGGCUGAUCAGCCAUGACACCUGCAAGAGUCCAGAGGUGUAUGGCAACCACGUGACCACAGACAUGAUUUGUGCUGGCCUCAACGGCUGCGUGGACGCCUGCCAGGGGGAUUCUGGCGGCCCGCUGGCCUGUGCGAAGGACGACGUCAGUUUCCUGUAUGGGAUUGUCAGCUGGGGGGAGGGCUGCGGCCGCACAGGAAAACCCGGCGUUUACACUAAAGUGGCCAACUACAUGGACUGGAUCAAUUCUGUGAUCAGACGGAAAGCCAAGAAGACGUGAUAGGAGAUUUGUGACUAGUUUAAUAAUAGCAUUUUUAUGUUUUGUUGAUUAUCAAUGACCUUUCUCCCCACUGUGAAAUAAAAGACUGAAUACUUUUUUUUUGGAAGUAAACAUUUACCACGUCUCUAAA